UGCUCGAGGUAACCUUCCUGCUGGGUGCGAUCAGGGGCCCUAGAGAGUCCUGACUUGAAGCAAUCUGGAGCUUUCCUCAGACCAGGUGGGAAGUAAAGUCCAAAGCUCAAGGACCUGGGAAAAGAAGAAGUGCAGUAUGGCUCCAGUUCCCUGGCUAUGUUGACGGACACUUGGGAUAAAUUUGGAAAUUCUAACCCGGUUCAGGAAUCAACCUCUCCCAGAAACACUGAGAACAAUUUGGGAAGAAAAUCUUACCUUUUGGGAGUAGAGUCUUUUGCUCCAAAACUCUGGAGCACUGAAGGCAUGGGAGAUUCCUAUGCAGCCACUUUCCCCAAUGGGAAUGGAUUGAUGUCUCCUUCAGCAAGCCCACAAGCUUCUACCACUUACAGCAAUGAUUACAGUCCUUUCCCCCAUUCCUUCUCAGCCUCACCCACAACUCAAGAUCCUUCUUCGUUGCUGGUGCCUAAGGGGCAUCCAUCCCCUGAUUGUCUCCCCAGUGUCUAUACCUCCUUGGACAUGGCACACCCUUAUGGCUCCUGGUACAAAGCUGGCAUCCACCCAGGCAUCUCUACCAGUUCUAGCAACCCUACGGCUUCUUGGUGGGACAUGCAUUCCAACAGCAACUGGUUGAGUUCUCAGCCACAAUCCGAUGGACUCCAGGGUUCCUUACAGUCCAUGCCGAGUCAGGCGCCCAUCAGCCCCCAGCUACCCAGUUACACGUCUGACUUCACAACUUUGAAUCCUGCUCCUUACCCUGCAGUAGGCAUUACUUCUUCAUCACACCUUCUCCCUUCAGGACAACAUGUGCUGCCCCAAGAAAUGUAUAAACCUAAGCCAGUGGCCAACAACUCCCUGAUGGAAGGUGGGAUUGCCUUGAAGUCUGGAAGAGGGGGCUCCUUUGGCAGCACAACCGGCAGGUCCACUUGUGACUGCCCUAAUUGCCAAGAACUAGAGCGGCUUGGGGCCUCAGCAGCCAGCUUGCGGAAGAAGCCGAUCCACAGCUGCCAUAUUCCAGGCUGCGGGAAGGUCUAUGGGAAAGCCUCACAUCUGAAAGCCCACCUGCGAUGGCAUACCGGGGAACGUCCUUUUGUCUGCAAUUGGCUUUUCUGCGGCAAGCGUUUUACGCGCUCGGACGAGCUGGAACGCCACGUUCGCACCCAUACCCGGGAGAAGAAAUUUACCUGUUUACUCUGUAACAAGCGCUUCACUCGUAGCGACCACCUCAGCAAGCAUCAGAAGACCCAUAAUGAAAUGGGAGUGGGCAAACCCCCAGAAGGUGAAGCGGAGCGAGAAGAGGUUGCUACAGGGGCUAGUUCUCCCAGCGCUGCAGCCCUUCAAGAUGGCCUGGCUGGAGAGGAAAAAGAUGCCACCAGCCCUGAGCAAAGCAGUCUCCUGGAAAUCUAAUGGGUACUCUUGUGCGUGUGCUCCAGCUUGCUUACUUCGUACCAUCUCCACCAUUCUUCUUUUGAGUGCUUCCUGCUAAAUAAUUUAUUUGUGAAUGAAACACAACCGCUGUUGCCGUUAGCCGUUCCUCUAGCUAAGAUUGUACCUUAUGUAAAGCUUCCCUAACCCCAAUCCAGAAGCCGAAUUCAGCUGGGACCUCAGAAGGUCUAUGACUUUGUGGCUAAAGACUCAAGAGGCAAAAUCGGAAGCUACAUCCUCUAAUGUCCCUUAAGCUGUUAAAACCAAAAUAGCUACCCGCUGAGGUCUCUAUGUGAUCACUUGGAUAAUGGCCAAAACGUUGAACUCGUAAUAUCAUGCGUAGGACUAGCCAAGUAGCAGGCUGGGCAGGACUGAAAUAAAUUUUUCUCAGGGUAUGUAUAGGAAUCACUUUCCAUCUCAUGUAAACCCACUGAGCAUAUGAUUCUGAGCACCUCUCCUAACUUCUGGCACCCGUAGGUGAUGGAAAAAAAAACAAGGGCCUUCUUUGAGAUUAGAACACUCUAUCUGCACCAUUGAGUGUGCCCUUGUUCCCAGACUCUAGUGCAGUGAUGGCUAACCUUUUUGCCAUCGUGUGCCAAAAGUGGGGGGGAGUGCGGGAGGGUCGCUCACGCGUGUGCCCACACCCACAAUUCUAUGUGACCCACCUCCUGCGCAUGCGCGUGCAACCUCCCCCUGCGCUCCCCCCACUUUUGGCAUGUGAUGGCAAGGUAGGACCAUUUUUCGCUCUCCCCAGGCUCCAGAGCCUUCCUAGGAGGCUGGGGAGGGUGAAAACGGCCUUCCCCACCCCACUGAAGACCCUCCGGAGGCCGGAAAAACCCCGUUUGCCAACUUCCAGUCCCACCAGAAGACCCAUUUUUCACUCUCCCCAGGCUCCAGAGCCUUUCUAGCAGGCUGGGGGCCAAAUUGGCCUCCCCCCCCCCCCCGAUGCCUUCCGGAGGCCAGAAACAGCCUUUUUCCUGACUUCCGGUGGGCCCAAAAGGCCCGAAAACCAGCUAGCCGGCACGUGCAUGCACACCAGAGCUGAGCUUGCGUGCCCACCGAUACGGCUCCGUGUGCCACCUGUGGCACGCGUGCCAUAGAUUCGCCAUCACGGCUCUAGUGCAAUCUCUUACUCAGAAGAUAAUAGUCCAAUAGGCAUCUCGCAGUGAGAUGGGCGGCAAACAAGUUUGAUAAGUAUAUGAAUGAAUAAGUUGGUUAGCUUCAGAUGCUGAAAGAGUGCUUAUUAUAGCUUUAAGAGCUGCAAGGGAAAAAAAAGUUUUACAAGGAAUGGCUCUCCAGGUGACUGAUAGCAUUAAUGAGAAAAGCCACAGCUGGUAAAACUGUGCGUAUUUGUCAAGCUCUUCAAGAUUUGUAAGCCCUGGCAAGAUCCAGAUAUGGAAUUUUAUUACUAAGCCUCCACCCUUUCUUUAAAUAAACUUGGAAGCUACUGGUUAGAAAUCGUUGCUUCAGUAAAUAUAAAGGGAACUUUUGCUAUUAAAAUCCCAUCCUAUUUAAAAUUAAAAGUCUUGGUUCUGGGCAGUAGGAGGCCUUAGGUAAUAUUCGGAAGGGCAAAUUAGCAGCCAAUUAUACAGCCAUCACUCUUCCAUCAGUAUAUACGGGGAUUCUAUUUUCCCUUGAUUUCUGUCCAUAUUUUUUUCGAUGCAAGAUCAGCAAAGAUUGUGCAGUUGAUUGGGUCAUGCAGUGAUCACUCCAAAGAAGAUGCUGGCAUUUCGUAGGUAGAAUUUCUGCCUGUUCCCCUGGUUUUAUAUGAAUGUCACAUACUAUGCCAAGAGCUAAUUUGGGGCCUUAUUUUGAAUAUUAGGGACAUGACCUUAUACAGUACAAAAUGGACUGUUCCACUGAAGUGCAGAAACAGAGAAAUUCUAGUGUUCUUUACUUUACCAAGGUAAAGGAAGUUGAAGAGGAAAACCAAUAAUUUCAUAGGAGAAAUAAGAAGAAUAGCUCACAAGAGGUCCCAUAUAGGUGCUACAAGGCUGUUUUGAACCUUUCUCUUCCCAUAUAUUUAAUCUAGAAAUAUAUUUAUCCUUAAAUUAUGAUGAAAAAUAAAUAGAGGUGAGGAGGUGGCUGGAUUCUCCAAACAGCCUCUAACCAAAGGCAUCUAUUUUCUGAUCAGAAUUGUCUCUCUGUUAAUUGGGAAAGGGCUUUCCUUGUGCAAAACAGUGCCAUCUGCAACUUGCUUUGUUCUUUUUAGUUGUAGCUUCAUAUUUUGGGGAGAAAUGAAAUAUUUAUAAUCUAAAAUGCUUUUUGUUUUAAGUUCUGCUCAUUUUUGAUAAUAAAAAACAGAUUCAGGUGGAUUUGGAAGCUUGUUAAUACUGGAUAUUUUGAGAAGCAAAUUCUCAAUAUUUGAGUGUUCUCAUUUUUGGUAGCAAUCUAUUUGGUUUAGCAAACCAACUAUCAACAGUUUAAGCAUUAGAGAAGGAAAUCCCUGGCACAACCCUCUAUUGUUUUGGGGCAUUAUUCCUUUUCAAAAGUCUAAUGUCUAUGGACCUAUGUGGUUAAAUGCUUCCCACAUUGCUUUGAUCUGCUUGCUUUUGAGCUCAGGUGAAGGCCACUGGGUAGAAGAAGAAACUCACAUGGUUAAUUACCAACAAGAGGUCAUUGCUAGAAAAAAUAAUAUUCUUGUGUCGAAUUGUCCCCUUCCAUCUUGCAGUAUUUAGGCACACUAUUUCUACUGAGUUUCUGUGUGCUGCGCCUGCUUCCAACAUCAUUAAUUGGCUUCUCAAAGGGAACCUCAAAUGUGAUUAACUCACAACAUGGAGAAACUCUAAAGGUUUUGAGAGAGGGGAGUUACUAUUAACUAGUUAAUACAAAAUGUAGUCCAGUACAUUGCGUCAGAAGUGCAAAUCAUCACUCUCUGUUGUUUGCCAUGUGAGGCAGCUCACAUGGAAGCUCAUUUUUGCUUUGGAUUUUGCUUAUUUUUAAUUUAAAAAUAAAAAUAAAAAUAUAAGCUAUGUUGUGGGGGGGGAAAAGAAUGCUGAAAGAAACUGGAUCCUUAUGUAUGGAAGUACAAUCCAAUCUGGUGCUACUGUACCACAUUUCUAAUAAAGUGGCACUUUUACUGCCUGCAAAGUUA